AGACCUAAACCCUAGAACCAGAAGAAAAUCUUAUUGCAACUCCAAAACCUAACCAUGCAGGAAUCCGCCAUCAAAGUUCUGGAAUCGAAGGAUAGUGAUGCAGAGAUUCGAGAAAGCAGCAUUAGCAGGAUUGCGGUCGAGGGAUACGACACCUCUCUUCGUAGGGAAGAUGUCGAUGGUGCUUUGAGAGAACAUUUCGCUUCAUGUGGAAACAUAAUACAUGUGCAUGUUCCCAUAGACGAGAGUAGUGGUACCCUCUGCAGAUAUGCCUUAAUUUAUGUUAAUGAAGAAGAUGAAGAAAAGGCGCUGAGCCUUGAUGGAAGUGACAUGGGAGGACGGAUUCUAAAAAUUCAGUCUUACGCGUUUCACCAAAAUCACCUUGAGAAUUUCUUUGACCCGAUGAAAGAAGACAAAGCCUAUAGGAUACAACACACGAUACUGGUUACGUGUGAUGACAUUUCCCUUCGUAUCGAUGUUAUCAAGACGGAGCUAGAGAAAUAUUUCUCUGCAAUCGGCUCUCUUGUUUACCGAGACGUAACCGAAUCUGGUGCUAUCAAAACCCUAGCCGACGUUUAUGUCCGUGGACAAGAGGGUGUAGAAAAGGCGCUGGAAAGUAGUGGACCUUCUGUAGGAGGUUUGAAUUUUGUAGUUACUGAGGUUGUUCCACUUCCAAAGAUAACACCCAAGACUGGCUACAUUCACCCACAUAACUUUACUAUCAUGGCUAGGAAGCAGAUAGAAAAUCAGAAGAAGACUGAGACUACGGCGGGAAAUCAGCAGAAGAAAAAGAGCAAGACUACGGAGAGAAAUCAGAAGAAGAAGAAUAAGAAGAAGGAGAAGAAGAGCAAGACCAGGGAGGCAUACCAGAUGAAGAAGAAGAGUGAGACUAGGGAGGGAAAUCAGAAGAUGAAGGGAGUAGAAAUCUCUUUCUGAGGAGAAGACGACAUGCUUUUUAUGAUAUUAACUUGUGUGCAAUGCAACCCUUCUUUUCUUUUGUCUGGAUAUUUAAUGUGUUAUGUCGUUUUUGUGUGGAUGUUUAGCAACUCAAGACAGAUCAAAAUCUACAUUCCAGUAAUUUGUUCACAGCCAUUCCUAU